CGCCGCCGCCGCCACCAGCACCAGCAGCGGAUCCUCCGAGAAAUGCAGACCCGCUACUCUCAGUGAUCGCCGGAGAUCCGAUCCAGAUCAUACGUCCCGAACGCCUGGAACCGCGACCAAGACGCGUUCUUUUUCUGUUUGAAAGGGUUUUAGAGGCAUUCUUUCCUGGUCCGUUCGUUCUUGAAAUUUAAUGGCUUCCGAGGACGUGAAGGCGAGCGAGAAGGCGGUGUCGACGAUCGUGAAUCUCGCGGAGGAGGCGAAGCUGGCCAGAGAAGGCGUGAAGGCCCCCAGCUACGCCGUUCUCAGUAUCUGCAAGUCUCUGGUCGCUGGUGGUGUUGCCGGAGGAGUGUCACGCACUGCCGUUGCUCCAUUGGAACGGUUGAAGAUAUUGCUUCAGGUUCAAAAUCCCCAUAGCAUAAAGUACAAUGGUACAGUCCAAGGAUUAAAAUAUAUAUGGAGAACCGAGGGUUUCCGUGGACUGUUCAAAGGCAAUGGUACCAAUUGUGCUCGUAUCGUUCCAAACUCGGCAGUCAAGUUCUUCAGCUAUGAGCAAGCUUCCAAGGGAAUAUUGUGGUUGUAUCAACAGCAGACUGGUAAUGAAGAUGCUGAACUCACUCCUCUUCUACGUCUUGGAGCUGGGGCAUGCGCUGGAAUAAUUGCAAUGUCUGCCACCUACCCCAUGGACAUGGUACGAGGCAGGCUAACUGUACAGACAGAGAAGUCCCCUUAUCAAUAUAGAGGAAUAGUUCAUGCACUGUCAACUGUGCUUCGUGAAGAAGGUCCACGGGCCUUAUACAAGGGGUGGCUUCCUUCUGUCAUUGGAGUGAUUCCUUAUGUAGGUCUUAAUUUUGCUGUAUAUGAGUCUUUGAAGGACUGGUUAAUAAAGACCAGACCAUUUGGACUCGUGGAGGACUCUGACUUGAGUGUCCCAACAAGGCUUGCCUGUGGAGCUGCUGCAGGAACUAUUGGUCAAACUGUGGCUUACCCUCUAGAUGUGAUACGCAGAAGAAUGCAAAUGGUGGGGUGGAAGGAUGCUGCUUCCAUAGUCACAGGUGAUGGAAGAGCUGCUGCUCUUGAAUACAAUGGCAUGAUUGACGCAUUCAGGAAAACUGUGAAGUAUGAGGGAUUUGGAGCUUUGUACAAGGGUCUGGUUCCAAAUUCUGUCAAGGUAGUUCCAUCCAUAGCCCUUGCAUUUGUGACAUAUGAGGUGGUGAAGGAUAUAUUAGGAGUUGAAGUCAGGAUAUCAGAUUGAACUUUGGAGCAUCCUCUGGUGUCCGUCAACAGUGUGUAUUUUUGUAGGCGAGGGUUAGGAAAAAAGAUAAAGUGGAGCCUUUACUUCUCUCUAAGAGUAAGUCUAGCAACAUGUAGUCCAGCUCUGAUAAUUGCUUCCCCUUUUUCUCGUAUCGAUAUCUUGUUGUGAACGUGCUGUAGCUGUUGGUUUCUCAUUCAUGUGCUGUGUCAAUAAGUAUGUGCGAGGAAUAAGGCAAGAAAUACACUUCAAUGGCUUUUGCUGCUAUGAUAAAGCAUUUUUUUCUGAGAUUAUACUCGAGGGCUGGUCAACGCUCUGUCAUGUUUUGAUAAUUCAUUGGAUGCAGUUUAAUAAAAGAAGAAAGAGUCCAAUCACAGUUGCAGUA